ACAGUGUAUUUAGUUACGUUACGACGCUGCUCGUGCAGAAGAUGCCGAAGGUGGUUUCCGGGAUGGAAGAAUGUCAUUUGACCUUACUUACUUUACUUAUUGUGUUGGCCAAUGGACUGUUCACCGGUCUAGGGCCGAACAAUUAGAAAUGUCCAGCUUCUUCUGUUUUGAACUGCCGUUCUUCAAUCAUUUCGUACACCAGCAGAACGCGCAUCGUUUUCCUCAGUGCACACUGCACAUCCACCGAGUGGGAGGCCUACCACGGAGUUGACGGCCUCUUUCUGGUUCAAUACAGAAGAUAGUUUUGGUGGCUCUCUCGUCAAGCAUUUUGCUUACAUGUCCAGCCUGUUGUAGUCUUUAAAGUUCUUGGCCACACUGUUUUAGAUAUAGGCUCAGUUAAUACAGUUACUUGUAAUAGUCCACAUGCUCUGUGUUUUAAUCGUAACAUUUUGGCGAUUAUAAUGGGAUUCCAGGAUUAAAUUCGCUGAGAGCUUAAAUGCGAUAAGAUAUUAAUAAAUUUCGAUUCGAGGAGAAAAAAAUCCGACUACAGUUUGGGCUAAUCGAGGCAAAACUGAUAAAAUAAAGUGGACAUAACCUCAUUCCAGUGCAAAAUGGAAAAGUCGACAACGCUAGUGCCAUUUGAUGUGUCGGACACGGCGUCCAUCGCAAGUCGGUGGGUUAAAUGGAAAAGAUCGCUGCAAUUGUUUCUGGAAGUAAAUUGUGUGGCUUUGGCUUCACGCAAACGUUCAUAUUUAUUGCACUACGCAGGCCCAGAUGUGCAAGACAUAUUCUAUAAUAUAGAAGGACAUGACGCAAAUCCGCCCCAGGGUUCUGAUGUAUUUACUGAAGCGAUUCGUUUAUUGGAUGCACAUUUCGCCCCAUUGAAUAAUAUUCCGUAUGAAAGAUGCGUAUUCAGAAAAAUGGCGCAGCAAGAAAAUGAAUCAGUCGAAAAAUUUAUACAUCGACUCCGUCAUCAGGGCCGACUUUGUGAUUACGGAGCUGCAUUGAAAUGCGCAUUACAGAACAGGUAUUCGACCACUGUCUGUCAGAUUCGUUGAGAGAAGCAAUAUUGAAAAAAAAUUAAUGUCAGUUCAGGAAAUAGCAGAAAAAGGAAGAGUGCUGGAGACCGUAAAACGCAACCGAGAUCAAAUGAGUAAAGCGGUCGAAGAAAUUCCGUUGAACUUUGUGAAAAGCAAAUGGUCAACCGCGACACACGUGUUCUUCCACCAGCUAUGGAAAAAUGGCCUAGCAGCACGAGUCGGUGUCAGUCUGCAACCGUGCACACGGCUUACAACUGACCCCCAGGGCUAUCCGGAUCCAGUUUGGAAGGACAUCGUUUUCGGCUGUGAAAAACUCUCACAGUCUGAGCUGGAUCGGCUGAGCUACGAGCACGGACGGCGCUAUACUGGAGGGUAUCAUUUCGCCACGUUCACCUGUGAGCCGUCAGGACUACUGCCGUAUCUGUUCAACCGGUUUGUCAAUGUUGGCGGUAAGUUCGUACGGGCAAGGGUGGAUAACGUGGAGAACAUUCUAGAAAAUCGUAAAGUGGAUCUCAUUGUUAACUGCACCGGACUAGGAUCGCUCAACAUGCUGGGCGAUAAGGAGGUGCUAUCCAUUCGAGGACAGGUAGCACGAGUUUGUGCACCGUGGGUCUUUGAGAUAAUCCUUGAUGACAGCGAUGACGGCAAUUACGUUAUACCAAAUUCAGAGACGGUGAUACUAGGCGGAACGCAUCAAAUGAAUGACUUUAAUCGGAACAUUAACAAGGAUGAUAGUAAAUUCAUCUUCGAUGGAUGCGAACGAAUGCUGCCUAGUCUCCGUAAUGCUACCAAAGUCAGCGAGUGGGUAGGAUUGCGACCGGGUCGUAGCACCGUACGGUUGGAGUUAGAACGUUACGUAAUAGGCGAGCAAACGGUCCCCAUCAUUCACAACUAUGGGCACGGAGGAUGCGGUGUAACGCUUUGCUGGGGUUGCGGAUCCGAAGUUGUCGAACUUUGCCAACGUCUAGAUUUGACAAAGAGCACUCGGUCCAAACUAUAAACAACCGGUAACGUUCGGAUCAAUCAGAUUAUCGCCAUAGCAAUUGUAAAAUACGUCACAUAUACAUAUAUUCCACAGAUGAAACUUUUCUCAAAUAGGAAAAAAAAAGUAAAAUAUACGUACCUUUAAAACACUUAA